CACAGACCCGUUUGACAAGACGGACUGUUUUUGAAAAGAUGAGUGUGACACGACUCAGCCUCGCUCAGAACCAUCUCCUGCGCGCACGGGACGCACACUCCUGUCGGACAGGUCGAUGAAAGUGUUGGAAGUUUAUUCAGUUCAUGGUUUGAUUUCAUCGGACACACAAUGAGAGGCUGAAGACAGAGUUCACUCACCUGAAUAACAAGGCUUUUGUCGUUUCGGUGGAUCAUUAAAAAAAACACAAUGGAUCAGGAGGACGUGUUGGACUUUAAGGCCCUGAUGGCCAAGUUUCAGGAUGAAGAAGUCCUCCUGAAGCAACCCAGGAUCAAACCUGCUCUCCCAGAGAAACCAAAGGUUGUCCCUCCUCCCCAGAGCCCGCCUCACUACCUCCCCGCAGGAGCACGCCCCUCCCUGCUCACCUCCAUCAACCAGUCCCUAGAUGGGAAGAUGGCCCCCCGAGUGGUCUUCAAGGAUGAGAAGAAGGAGAGCAAGAAGCCUCUCAUCCAGACUACCUCGAAGGGAAAAGACAAGAGUGAAGCGAAGCUGAUCAAAGGGAAAGACAAGGCAACGAAAGGAAGCAAAGAGAAGCCCGAAGAGGCUUCGUCAGAUCAGAAGCAGAAGAAAGAGAACGGUAAAGACAAGAGGUUCUCGUUGGUGCUCCCUGGAGCGCCUAAGGAGAACACCGCAGAGCUGGUGCCAGCCACGCCUCCACCUAAAGUCACACCAGCGAAGAAGAAGGGCUUCCUGGGAUUCAGGAAGUCAACAAAAAGAAAUUCAUACGAGGUAUCGGCUGAUCCGAUCAUGGACUCCCCCAGCUCAGAGAUUCCCGGACAACUUCCUCUUAUCCCGGUGCCUCCUGACUUUGGUGACUCACCACCAGAGCCUGAAGUCUCUGCACCGAAGGCUCCUCUACCAAACAUCCCCACCAAACCUGACUCCAGUGCUGCAGUGGAAGCUGCCCCGUCCUCCACUAUCCCUGCCUUUCCUGAUUUCACCCCACCCCCCGCCUUCAUUCCUGAUUUACCAGCACCAGUCCCAGAGAGUGAAACCCCACUUGAGAUAGAAACUCCUGCCCUGCACGUUUCCAGGCCCGCUAGCCCAAAAGAAAUAAUUCAACCCCCCACCGGCACCGUCUCAACCCCUCCACCCAGUCGGGUCACUCCCUCUCCCACACCUCCUGAGCCGGAGCCGGCAGCUGAGGCUGCUUUAGAGGCUGCAGUGGAGGUGGCUCCUGCUCCUGUCAUAGAGCCUCCAUCCGUUCUGCCGUCUCCUAAAGCUGAGCGUCGGAUCUCGGCCCUCUCAGCCCUGGAAAGAGCGGAGGACAUGAGCCCAGGGAAGAAGAUUUCGUGUGACCAAAGGAUCUAUGAGGCUCUGGAGAAGGCACGCAAGAAGUCCAGCCCAGUGUCAAACCCGAGCACAUCCUACUCCACCACCCCACCUCCAGAGGAGAGUCCCACCGUCUCUCUCCCAGAGCUCCCACCUAUUGACUAUGAGGCAGGGAAAUCAGCAGAAGUUAACGGCGUUGACCAGCGGGAAGCCUCUCCGGUGUUGGAAGGUAUCGCUGAGGAGGGGUGCGAUCCUGUCCCAGAGCUGUUGUUGGUUCCACCGCCUCAACCCAAAAAGUUGCUUCCAGUUCCUGAGUCACUGGGUCCUUCUCCAGAGAAACCAGACAGACCUUCUUCUGUGGACCUGAGUGAAUACACCUAUUCUCCUCAUCUGGGAGAUAAUGAGAUCCCUGUCCCUUCCGAGUUCUCAGAGACCGACACCACAGAUAUCCCUGAGUUUGAUGAUGUGACCUCAGAUGCUCAUUCUCCAGACUUGGGGAGCGGGGACUACAUAGGUACAGAUACUCCGGAUGGACAGAUUUCAGAUUUUUACAGUAAUGGAUUAAUUAGUCCAGGAGCUGAGGACCGCACAGACCAAGAUAAUCCACAACCAGAGUCCUCUUUCUCGUUCCCUCAGGAAUCUCCCGCACCGCCAGAGGUCCAAGCUGAAGUCGACAAUGGUGUCUAUGAGAGCACGGAAAAUGUUUACGAGGAGUUCUCAGUCUCAGCCAAGAAGAAAGGAAAGACUGAAGGUGGCAAGAAGCGCAAAGGCCCGCCAAAGAAUCCGUAUGCUGAGGCGCCACAGGAAGCAAAUGAAGAGAAAGUCAAGACAAUCAGGUUCGGCAAGGGCGACAAGAAGUCCACGGCAGAAGGGCCGGAUGAGAAAGAGCUGAAAAAGAAAGAGAAGCAGCGCCUGGAGAAGGAGAAGAAGGAGCUGAAGGAGAAGCAAGAAAGGGAGAAGAAGGAGCAGAAAGAGAGGGAGAAGAAGGAGAAUAAUAUGAAGAAGAAGUUCAAAAUCACAGGACAGGAGGAGGCCAUGUACGAGGCAAAAGUAACCGUGACGACGAAGGGACGUAAGGACGAUCUGCCCGUCAAGAGCGGCGACUUGAUCAGCAUCAUCCGGACAACGAACUGUCCCAAAGGGAAGUGGCUGGCCAGAGACAGCAGCAACAACUAUGGGUACGUUGCAGUGGAUCAUAUGGAGCUGGACAUCAAGGAGAUGCUGGAGCUCGGAAAGAAGGCCGCGCACACCCGCAAGAUCAGCAACACCAACGUAAUCGAGGCGGAGGACACCAGCAUAGGGAACAGGGCCUCGAACCACUAUCCAACGUCAGCAGAGAGCUUCACAGAUGACAGUGAAGAGUGGACCGGUGACGAAGAGGAACCUCUGUCUCCUGCUGCUGAAACUGCAGAUCCGUUGGCUUCAGUGGGUCACAACAGGACACUCUCGAUGCCAGACAUGGGAGACAAAGACCUUACCAUAAACCACCAGCACAGCCACAGUGAGCCAGAUCCAAAUGGCUCCCAUGUCCAAGCAAGACAGGAAGCACUUCAGAAGCUGGCCACAUUUUUCCAUUCACCAAAACCUGUGGAGCCAGCUGCCAGCAGCACUGAACCAGAGACAAAUCCUGAGCCUGUGAAAGAAGAAGCAUUAGACCCGCCUGAAGCGAGUUCGACACAGGAAACCGACUUCGAUCAAACUGAGAUGAUCAUUUUACCUCCUCCUGACCUGUACGCUGACUUCGCCCAGUAAUUAUCACAAAACGAGCUGAACAAAAAAAAAGCAUCCAGGAUUUAUCUGUGGUGUUAUUCUUCACACUGUGUCCCGGGUCAGUCACCUGAUACUGUGACAGCAACUUCAUCUUCCUGACUAUGAUCUUUUUACCUGGCGACUGCAUUUAUGGAUCAGCACGAUGAUACACGAGGAGAGGAGAAGAGAAGCGAUAUGAGACGUAUCACGCACAAUCUCAGCAACCAGAACUCUUGGUGCGCUUUUUCCUCUGAAGUGCUCGGUGAGAAGAGGCGACAGUUUGUGACUUUGGACCAAGUUGAACUGCUGAUCCCAGAAAAAGGGCAAACUGUUGCACACGCACAAGCUUUUUCUGUACAGUGAUUGUGACUACACAAUCCAUGUGCAAAUACCAAAAUCUGUUUAAAGUAGUGGAAACACGGGGAGCAUGUCGAUUUUUCUCAGGUAUCUUUCAGGUUGAGAUGCAUCCUGAGGAAACACACAGUGCACAUGAGCAGUAAAAAAAAAGGCAGGGAGAAUGUUUACCAAGUAUUUCAUCCACGUUUCCAGUAAUAAAUCAUCUAAUAAUCCAGUUUACAGCGUUGGUAGCAAAGGAGCAACAUAGCUGCUAAACAAAUGAAUAAAAAACAUUUUUAGUUUUGGUCAUCAGCAAUGAUUAAAAAGCCUUUGUGCAGCCUGCUGUACCCCACAAAAGAUAUAUCCUCCUCUGUAUGUGCACCGGCAGAAGACCACCUUCAGCUUUUACCUGUUAUUGGUCAUUUUUGUAUUAUUGUGCUUUUUUUUUUUUAUACACGAGCAUCUUUUUCUACUUUUAUGUACCCUCAUUAUUUUCUUCAGCGUGAGUUUAAAUUGUGGAUGUGUUUGCCAGAUACUGACUUUAUAACAUAUUAGGUUAAUAUAAUAAUUUUCUUUAAACGAUGUAACAAUAAACACAAUUAAUGCAACAUUAUUAACCACAUCUGCCAGCGGCAUCAGUUGCUGUGUGUCGGUUCCUUCUGGAGUGAAGCAGCAUCCAUAAACUUCAUUUUCCUUCUUUCACUUUUAUGGCCGCGGUCGUCUGGCAGGUGUCACUUUUAUGUGCCGACUUUCUUCUCAGAGUUUCCCUCGAGCUGAUGAAUAAUAAGUAUUAGAAGAAGAGAGAAAGCAGCGCGAUGACCACCUGAGGUCGUUUUUAUAUAAAGUGAUGAAUCUUCUUGUUGACAUCUAAGGGUGCGUUUUUGUCUGGAGAAAAAAACAAAACAAAAAUAAUCCUCUGUGAUUGGAGUGUGUGUGUGUGUGUGUGUGUGAAAUGUUCGAGUCGACAAAGCCUCCAGGACCAAAACACUUUCCUUUUAUACGUUUGUUUAUUGUUUUUCAAUAAAUACUCAUUAAAGUGCAAAUCAUAACAGCAACAUCAUGCAGUGCAUAACAAUAGAAAUCCAAACCCCAAUCAGACAGAGACAGCGAGAGACGGUUCAAACACACUGUCGCAUUCACACACACAUUUAUACACAUUCAUCACACACACACACACACACACACACACACACAUACAUACACUGGGGUACUGGUUACACUAAUCAUAAGAACCCCGCCACAGAGACGCACAGAGCACAGCUUGGCUGUUGAAAAUACUCACUUUGGUACAACACGGAAAGUCUGUAUAUGAUUCGGCCCCUCUGGCGUGUUUCCCAGCUCUGAACACAGAUUAGAGUUUACAUGACUAACAUGCCACUGGUAGCUGCAUACAGCUGUAAUGGUACAGUACUACAUCUGAUAGUGAAUACUGGUAAAUAUUGGGAGCUUUUAAAUAUGACCCACGAGCAGCAGAAUCAGGAGUGAAAGCAUAAUGUGCCAGAUGUGAUCCUGAUGUGGUUCGCUACACGGACGACGAGUCGUUUUAAGACAGCGAGAGAGAGAGAGAGUGACACAGAGGCUCGAGUGACGAACACGGGUUCGCGUUUGGAAAGCUGUAUGUGCAGUUGCAUGUGUGUUGCAGCAGGGAGCAGAGUUUCUCCCUGACAUCAGAGAAUAUUCGGUGGUGUGUGUGUGCUGUCACAGACAGACCUACACAGGACAUUAAACAGAAUAAAUAAGAGCAGAGUAACAAAGAACGUGACUUUCACUGUUUCAGCCUCAUGAGGCAAAAACAACGGAACCGUGCCACAGACACAGAAGCUCCACGUCAGAUUAUUAUAAAUCCAACAUGUUGUAAUCUAGACCGAUGUGUGAGAACCACCAUGAAGUGUUAUUAUUUUAAACUAGCCUGUGAAUAAUGAUGAAUAUUGGGGAUUUGGUAUCCAUGACACCGGUCUAAAAAAGUACGCACUACUCCUCCGACCUCUGUGUUUUACUGACAGCAGUAGAAAGUCAACAGUCCAGUGCUCUCCAUCAAAACCGAGAGAACGAACCCAUGGAUAAAGACGGACUCGUCCGAGCAGCACCAGCUUUCACUUUACAUUCAGUCAGAAAAAAGAUUUAGAUGUUUAAAAAUGUCGCAUGACGACAGCGACACACGACCCACCUAUGGUACGAUCUGACAGGACAAUGCAGGACAUUUAGAAAAGUAAUACCGCCGUGGUUUCAACAGUUACAGUAAGGUGUGAUGCAGAAGGGGAAAAAAGACAAACAGCAAAUCUGCAAAUCAUUUCAAAGUGCAGACUGAACAGAAGAGACACACAGACAGCAGCUCCGACAGCUUCAAACCUCUGCUAACAAACCAGCGUCAGGUCAGUAAGAAAACAUGACAAUCGUGUGACGCCCUCUGAUCUCCUUUACGCACACUGGUUCAUGCACACACUCUCCACAAACGUAUGCACAGAAAUUACUGCGCUGCAUUCGUUUAAGGCAACUGGAGAAAGGUUUUCUGUGUCCUGCAGCAGACACACACCGCCUCACGUGAAUCCCUCGUCUUCCCGUUUUACUCGAUUAUCCUCAUCACUUCAUUAUCUAAUCAUGAACAGGGGGGCUAAUUAUGUUUAGUGCUUUAUUACAAUCAGGAGCAAUUUAGAUUUAAUUUCUCAAGCAAGGGUUUGCGGAAGAUUUGCUCGACUUUUGCUCUUUAAUACACAGUAAGUAUGAAUAUGUGUGGGUUGGUUUAUGGUUGGUCAAAAAAAAAUCAAAUUCAAGACCUCACAUUUGGGAUUAGGCACUAAUUUCUGUUGGACAUUUGACUUUUUUUUCCAUUUAAAGGGUUAAAGCAAUAAUAAAAAGUAAAAAUAAUGACAAUAGUUUGUAAUCGUAGCCCUUAAAAUGUCCACAUCUGUAUUUUCCAGAUGUCGCAGAUAACGUUUUUGGUGAGCAGCAUAUCAACACUUACUCAGCUGAAGCGUAAAGGAGUCAGCGUGUUGCAUAUUUGUGACAGAGAUAUGUAUGGCAUGUGGAGACAGUCCAUUGCUGUCAGGUCGUAUGGCGCUCGUGAAACGGCGUGUGUCUGUGCCUCAACACUAAAUGCAGGACAGUCGGAUCCACGCGGAGUGUUGUCGUCCUGCCGUCUCUCAAAGUUCAUUAAUCUUCUACGCUCUAUUCAAAUUCAGGAUCAAACUCUAUGUCGACGCAGUGCUUAAAUCAUAGAACUACAGUGCCUAAAAAAAAAAACAAUCUCUCAAAAAUAAAUAUGGAUCUGAUAUCUAAAUAAUAAUCAUCUUCUUCGUGGUAUAUAAAGUCUGUUAUUUGGUAUACCUUUGUCAAUCUUCUCAGCUACAGAAUAUGAUCAGAAUAUAAAUAUAAUAUACAUGGAUAACAAAAACUGUUUCUUUACAAACCAUAUUAUAUAAAACCUGAAAUCAAAUUUUACAUGUGUGAACGUUCCCUCAGACACGGAUUUAACGUCAGUUUGAACCGACGUCUUCAUCAAAAUAUAAGACAAGAAGCAAAACUGACCUCUGAUCAGUGUCUGGGGAAAACUCAGCAGGAUAUCCCGCCAUUAAGUGUUAUGGUGGGCGAUGACGUUUCAGCAGUUGAUAGUAGACUGAAGGUGUUUGUGGGAGGAGUGACAGUGAACUUGACCUCUGCUGCCCUCUGCUAGUUCACAGAUUACAGUCCCAGGAUCAGUUUUCACAAGCUGUGGCUCGAUGUUUUAAACUCCACGCCUCUGACCCCAGGACUGUGUCAAAAUAAGAAAAAAGAAGCUGUUAAUCUGCCGUUCUGAAAAAGCCUUCCUCUCUAUGUCUCCUUAAUCUGAGCUGACAGGCGUUGCUUUUCAUGUUUCCAUUCACCCUUCCAGUGCAAUACAACUGGAACAGAGAUAAAGAGGAGACA